CUACAGUGGGCUGACUGAGCAGAGGAAUGCAGUACGCAAUCGUGUUUCAGGUGUGUGAAUUCUAUCCGUGGGUGUGAUUUUUCAAAUCAAGAAAUAAUCGUAGUGAUUUCUUCGCAGUGCCGUUUACCUCGAUGGAUAUUCAGUGACAGUGAAAUUUCAGCAGAAUUACUCCAAAAUGUCGCGUAUAAGUGAUCGACCAUCUUACGCUCAAACAUACAAGCUCGUCGUUGUAGGUGGAGGAGGUGUUGGAAAAUCUGCUGUUACAAUACAAUUUAUUCAGAGCUAUUUCGUCACCGAUUAUGACCCCACAAUCGAAGACUCUUACACAAAACAAUGCGUGAUUGAUGACGUCCCUGCCAAAUUAGACAUUUUAGAUACAGCGGGGCAGGAAGAAUUUAGUGCCAUGCGUGAGCAAUACAUGCGCUCUGGAGAAGGAUUUUUGUUGGUAUUCUCUGUCACAGACCAUGCCAGUUUUGAUGAAAUGUACAAGUUCCAUAGGCAAAUACUGCGAGUAAAAGACAGAGAUGAAUUCCCUAUGCUCAUGGUCGGGAACAAGGCAGAUUUAGAGCACCAAAGACAGGUAUCUACACAAGAUGCACAAAAUUUAGCCCGCCAAUUAAAAAUUCCGUACAUUGAGUGUAGUGCUAAAGUUCGAAUGAAUGUGGAUCAAGCAUUUCAUGAACUCGUCAGAAUAGUACGAAAGUUCCAGCUCUCCGAAAGACCACCUCUCAAACCUCCCAGUAAAAAGAAACCAAGGUGUCUCAUUUUGUAAACUAUGUUUAAGCAGGUUUGAUACCUCAUGUAUAAAUAGGAUCCGGUGACCUUUAGUUAAUUACUGCAACCUGACCUCCAAUCGGUAAUUCGAUAAACUCACCUAACUGCUCUGUACGCUGUAAUAUUUAUCUUAGGCUAGUAUUUAUAUGAUGUCACUACCAACCUCUUGCAUGAAAUUAUUUGUAUUGAAACAAAAAGGUAAAUUAUGGAUUGUCGAGUACCUAGCACAAGAGAUUUAGUUUUAAGAGGUUUGCAAUUCGUCUAUAAUGUGUGAGUAAAUUUUCUCAAGGGAGAAUUCUCAUCUACUUUUUGAAGUAUGUUUUCAUAAAAAUCGUACAAUAUAAGCAAUGGAGAAAUAACCCUCUAUUUUACAAAGGUCGAAAUUGAAAUUAAGCUUAGCUGCAAAGGGCGUAUUGGUUUAAUUUUUUUUUAACACAUAAUGCACAAAAUUAUCAAAUUCAAGUUUUUGUUAGUGGUCCUUCCAUAAUGAUUAGCUUCAAAAAGUAUUGACUUUCGAAAGUCGAGGCAAGCGUGAAAAUUCCUACAAUGCCAUCAGACAAGUAGCUUAAACUUUGUUCAGGGUGCCCUCUAAAAACUGCAACUCUUGAGAAGUUGCUUUGUAGAGGACAAGUUCUAGUAAAUUCAGAGGUUAAUGAGCCCUAGCCAUCCCUAGGUUUACCCGUGAGGUGUAUCGUAUUAAUAUAAAUAUUCACUCAGCUAACUGCUCAGGGUCACCAUCCACAUGAAAGUGGAGUGAAAAAGGAGGAGCAAAAUAAAUAUAUAAAACUGUGGAUAAAACACCCUAAUCAAUAAAUAAUGUCUGUUACGCACAAUUUUAUCAUUCAGGCUCACUGUUUUGAGGUCUCCCAAUCAAAAGAAAAGCCUACCGUGUCAAUGCACAUCACUAGCACAAUUGAAUGUUUCAACAGGGAAUUGUUGGUAUUCAUUCUCUCUUGUUUGAGGGUUUACAGCAAAUUUCAAUCAUAUUUUGAAAGAAAAGUGUGGUAUACCCUCAAAAAUGCUUGUAGAUCAUACCAUAAUGUCGUGUAUUGCUGUUGUCUUCUUCACAUUCUAUGUGACAGUCGCAGAAAAAAUGGAUAGUCACCAUUGACUCACUGCCAACUGUGUACAUGUGUGUUUGGUCAGAAUGUAACCGUGAUGAAAUCGGUAGUGGCUUGAAGCAUACAAAACUUCGUUGUAAACACUAGAAAUUCCUUUAAGGAACGAACGUAAGAAGUAUCUGUGAGGGUCUUUUUUUUUUUCUUUCUUACUUUGCAGUGCACAUCACACUUUUUUUUCUCCUUCCAUGUCUUAAUAUAUUCAGUACAACUUAUUGCAUUUACAUAAAUUUAACAAAAAGGUAGUUGCUAUUUUUUUCUCUAACCCCAGUAGCUGAACAAUAAAACGAGUUAUUACGAACUGUUGCCAAUUACCAAAUUAAGAUAAACAAGUCACAAUAUAAACAGAGACUGAACCCCUAUCACCGUUUAUGUGCAAUGAGCUUGUUAAGUAAUUUUGUAUUGUUAUAUUUUGAGAAGUAGAGAGUGAACUUAGUUCACAGAAAUUAUCCUCGAUUUUUGUGGUUGAAAUGAACCCAUUAAAAAGUUAAAAGUUGCA